GUUACGUCAUUACGCCACGUUUGUCUCGCCGUCAUUUUUUUUUACCCGCGAUUGUUGAACGUCCCACUUCGUUUGGCGGGAUUUACCCACAAGGAAGCUGCACAGUUCUCUAUUUCCCCCCUGAAUUAACGACUGAGAAAUAUAUUAAGCGGCAACAUGCUUUUUUCGGGGAGACAAAGGAGGAAGCUGGCUCCCAGCCGUCAGUCAGAGCUCUAUGUGCAGCCCCUGCAGUUUUAUGGGGAGCCUCCUCUGGAGAACAUCUCUCUCGCUGAAUUUGAGACAUUUGCUGUGGAAAGAUUGAAAUUGUUAAAGACGGUUGAGAAUUUGGGGGUCAGCUAUGUAAAACAUGGAGAUACGUACAAAGCAAAGAUGGAGAAUGAGCUGAGGCAUCUGCACUUUCCUUACAGACCUGAUCCUAAUGACAAGAAACCCCAGACUGGACCAAGCGAAUUUGAGAAACGACGGAAGGACCAUAUUUCCCACUUUAUCCUCAGACUAGCUUAUUGCCAAACUGAAGAUCUGAGGCGCUGGUUUAUACAGCAGGAAGUGGAUCUUUUUCGCUUCCGCUUUAACGACCUACCUCCACAACAAAAGCUUGAAUUUCUUCACAAGAAUAAUCUAAAAUAUGACACGGUUAGCGACGAAGAGAAGAAGGCGCUGAGUGACAAACUCCUGAUGUCGAGUUACGUCGUCAGUGGAGUCAGCCUGGAGAAGACUGAGAUCUACAAGGUUCCUUUUCAAGAUGCUCUUGAUUUGGUGCGAGGACGAAAAGUCUAUCUGAAAGCUGGAUUUGCAUUUGUCCCUCACCAAGAAAUCGUUACCAUUGUCCUCAAUGACUUCCGCACGCAGCUCUCCAAAGCUCUCGCGCUGACGGCCCGCUCACUACCAGCAGUGCAUUCAGAUGAACGCCUCCACCCACUCCUGAACCACCUCAGCCACGCAUAUCUUGGACAAGACUACAGCAUCCAGAAGAAUGUUGGGAAAAUCUCCUUGGAGCAAAUUGAUCCACUUUCAGGAAAGUCAUUCCCGCUCUGCAUGAGGCAGCUCCACCAGGCGCUUAGAGAGAACCACCAUCUCCGGCAUGGGGGACGCAUGCAGUACGGGCUCUUCCUCAAAGGAAUUGGGAUCUCCCUGGAGCAGGCGCUGCAGUUCUGGAGGUCGGAGUUUAUACGAGGCAAAGUGGAUGCGGACAAGUUUGAUAAAGCAUAUGCUUACGGCAUCCGUCACAUGUACGGCAAAGAAGGCAAGCGAGCGGACUACACGCCAUACAGUUGCAUGAAGGUGAUUUUAUCAAACCCACCCAGCCAAGGAGACCAUCAUGGAUGCCCAUUCCGCCACAGCGACCCAGAGCUGCUAAAGCAGAAGCUUCAGUUUUACAAGGUGUCUCCCAGCAGUAUAACACAGAUAAUGGAGCUGGUCAAAGGAAUGCAUUUUCAGCUGGCAUGCCAGAAAUACUUCGAGGUGACACAUAAUGUGGAGGACUCUUCUUUCUCGCUCAGUCACCCCAACCAGUACUUUUUGGAGAGCCAGAAACUUUUAGGUGGAGGCAAGGACAUAAAGAAGGAGGUUGAUGCUCCUCAGAGGUCACAGGAAACCUCUCAGAAUGUGGCGGAGAUGACGGAGGACCUGGAUGCUUUCUUUCAAGAUGGCUGAUUUCUGUCUCACUGCAUGAAAAAAAAUCCUCUUUUUUUUUUCUGAAGGUUGCAUUCUGUCUUCAUGCAUGUUGCAUCACACUUAUUUUAUUUUUUUUAUUCACCUUGUCAGAUUUCCGCAUCCUGUAAAACCCUGCAAUAAAAACAUAUUUUCCUCCUUUG